GUUUGUUUACACUGAGCAGUGCGUCAAUUGAUCAGUGUUUGUUUAUCCUGUGGUACAUAUGCACUGACCACGCACCUGCUGAGAAUAGAACACAGUAGUCACUGAUCAGAGAUGCUGGCACAGAAGAUGAUGCGAGUACCAGCAGAGACAACUCGAAAGAUGAUGAGAAACGCAUUGUCGUUGACGUUUACUUCGAAGAAACCAAUUUCCACUGAAUAUUCAUCGAAGUUGAGGGACGAGAAGCGACUGUACUGGAACGACCCGAAUCACAGUGGGAAUAAAUCUGUGUACUGCAUGCAGUUUGAUGUUUCUGGUCUCACAGAAAAUGAGCUAUCUGCAUUUACAAAGACCUUGCAUAACGACGUAUCCAGCAUGAAACCGGAUAUUGUGUACAUACAACAAACGAAGGAGGGCAUUUACUCGGAAGAAAUCGGACUCGGGAUGAAGAGAUUGGGGUAUGAUGGCUACAUACAAAAGGUCACACCCGAAUUAAAACAGGCUACAUUCUUCCGUUCAAAGCUCCUUCAUGGUUUACAGAACGGCUCCAAUGUUUUAAACACAUCAGCGACUGGAUAAUGAAUCAUGAAAUGUUAUUGGUCAGAUUAAUGGCUUGCCCAGUUCUCAUUGGCUCUUCAUAAUAAUAUGAUGUUCAACAUCGUAUCCGUCCCGAGAGCAAGGAUUCCAUUGGUCACAAAGGAUAUAGGAUGUCACGUGUCACCUGUUCCUGCACUACUAAAAUAAUAGUAGAUGAAUUAAUAAAAGUAUUACUGAAAGGUUACCAUUACUUUCAAGGCAUGUAGUAAAAUGAUAUAGUUACACAAGUUCAUUUUAUACGUUCAUGCACAUCUUAUCCAUUCUGUUCUCUUCUUCAUAUUUUGUAUAUGUCAAGUAGAAAACAAAGUGGAUAAGAUGCCCCUGUGGUUCAUGCGUACCCAAACUAACACUAUCAUUACUAAGAGACAAUUCAGCGGCAGGUUUAGGGGUACUAGUAUUUUCAAUUGUUAGUCCAUUAUUUAUACACUGAAUUGAGGACGGAAUUUCUUUUAUUUCCCGAUCAUGACAAGGAGCACAAGGCGAUUGUGACAGGUCGGCAGAGGAUGCUUACUCCUCCAUGGCACCAGGUCCCACCUCUGAUGUUUCGGAGAUCCCUGUUUGCUAUGCUCCUAUUUUGUAUUGUUUUAUGGACUCUUGAGUUAGAAUACAGUUCGUUAUCUUCAUAAAUAUCAUUCAUAUGUUUUAGUAAGAAAGUAAGAUGUAUGUACAUAGAUGUAUAUAGCUUUUGACUUUGUUCUAGAAUUUGGAAAAUAUUUGUUUUGUUUUCCAUCCUUUACUGUUUUUAAACGUUAAUAUAAUUGAAACGUGUUGAAAUAAAUUUGUUUUUGAAUUA